UGAAAAGACUCGAACCGAACAUCAAACAGUAAAUGAUGAUGGCUUCCACAUCUGCUACAAUGGCUUCCUUCACCUCUGCCUCUGCUUGUUUUAUGGGCUCCAAAGUUUCCAUCAAGGAACAGAGAUCCAUGCCUACACGUGUCCAUUUCCGACAAAUUCGCAUGUCCGCCACCUGUUCAUCGACGGCCGAGAGACCGGUUUCCCACAUUGCUUGUCCGUCAUCGCUGUACGAGGUAUUGGGGAUUCCGGUGGGCGCCACGUGUGACGAAAUCAAGGCUUCUUACCGGAGACUGGCGCGUGUUCUACACCCUGAUGUAUCGGCUAAUGGUCGAAAAGCCGCCGCCGCCGCCAACGAGUUCAUCAAAGUACACGAAGCUUACUCUACGCUGUCGGAUCCUGAGAAACGGGCUGAUUAUGACCGAACGUUGUUGUUCAGGUCAAGGCGGUCUUUUUCUCUUUCUGUCGAGCCGAUGACCGGUCCAUCGGCUUCUCAGUUUUCUGGUUAUACGAAGCGAACAUGGGAAACUGAUCAAUGUUGGUGACACUUUGGAUGAACUUCGAAAUUCAGAGACGGGUUUUAGC